ACACACACACACACACACACACAGUUAAAGAUGAAAUAAAAGCCCUCUGUGGCUCUUUAACUGCAGGUUAACGUCAGGGCAGGACAAUAAACCUCUACAGUUUAAACAAGCAUUUGUAAAUUAAUUGGUUUAUAAAAAUCAUCAAGUAUCCCCUUACAGUAACUGAGGCACCAAAGUGCCUGGCAGUUAUCCCAGAGGUUAUGGGAAAUCCCAGUCUCUAUAUAUGGACAUCCUAUCUCAAUCUCCCUCCCAUUUUCCCAGAGCCGCGCUUCACUUUCCUGUUUGAGAGAAUAGAAACUGUUCCGUAUCAGAGCUAACCAAUGAGAAGCCUCUCCACUCAAGUUUCAAACCAAUAGCAUUUCAGACAAACAGAGUAAAAGUAGCCCAGAUGCAUAAGGGAUGGAUGUGGUACAUGUGGUACUGCAGAGCGCAGAGCUUGACAGAUAAAAUCAGGAAGAAUGAAGCUGCAGUCAGACAAUUUCAAGGUGUUUUAUUUUGCCAGUGACUGUAUGGAGCCAUAUGUUGAGAUCAUCACAAUGAAGGACUCCAAGCGGCGCCAGAGUCUGAGUAGCUCGGUGGACUCUGAGGCAGAGGAGCCCGAGUACCAGGAGGAAGCUGAAGGUGCCCUCCCUGUCCUCUGUGACCGCAGCCACCUGCUGGAUGACCAACACCUGGAGAAACUUGCUGCUCACAUGCCAGCAAGGACCCAGGGCUAUCCUUGGCAACUGGUCUACAGCACAUCCAUCCAUGGGAGCAGUCUGAAGACUAUCUACAGGAACACGACAAGCCUGGACAGCCCUGUGCUGCUGGUCAUCAAAGACAUGCAUAAUAAGGUGUUUGGGGCGUUUUCUUCUGAUCCAUUCAAAGUCAGUAAAUACUGCUAUGGCACAGGGGAAACCUUUCUGUUCAGCUUCAACUCUGACUUCCAGGUAUACAGGUGGAGCGGCGAGAACUCCUACUUUGUGAGCGGCAACUUGGAAUCUCUGCAGAUUGGUGGAGGGGGGGGCGGAUUUGGCCUGUGGCUGGACGCUGAUCUGUACCAUGGUUCAAGCUUCUCCUGUCCCACAUUCCGCAAUGCGUCGCUCUCCACACAGGAAGACUUCAUUAUAAAAGACCUCGAAGUCUGGACUGUGGGAACUUAAGAGGACAACAUCUGAAAAGACCCCACUGUCCGGACUGGAGUUAGAAAACUUCCAAAAUGUCAAGGCGUACAUGUGGUUUUAGCCACUACUGUACAAACCCUGAAAGAGCAGGUGCUGUCAUCUGGGCACCUGGCUGAGAUUAGCCCACAUACAGAAGUAAAAGUCUUUUGGUUCUCAUGCUGGACUUUCUGUUUAUGCUGGUGUGAUCUGUGCCUGUUUAAGACAAGUGGCCAGAUGAAAUCCUGUAAUUCAGGGUCCUGCUGCUUUAAACUACCGGCUAUUCAUCAAUAGCCCCGUGCUAAGACCAGUCAGUCACUGGCAUCUGACGCUUUAAGCCCCCCCAUGCCCUCCCUUUGUGGUGGGGAGCAUUAUAAUACAAAGUUCACAGAAACACUGUUGAAUAAAAAAGUUUGUAAUGACUGUAAGCGCAUUGAGGAUUUAAGGAAAUAUUUUUAUUUUUCUGUCUAACAGCCACAUGUUUGUGGAAUUUAAAAUGUGUUUACAGUAUGUGUAAGGUUUACGAAACAUACUUGGCACCAAAGGGUCCGUAUAAACUAAAAGGUUAAACAAUUAAUUUAUUGGAAAAACACUGUAGUACGCCCAAUGUCCUAAAUGUACUCUAAUUGCACUUGUUUUUUUUCUAACGUGAUGUCUGGCUUUAAUGUUGUUCUCCAUUUGAAGACUAUUGCUGCAGGUGAAGACCUAAUCACUCAGGUCAAUAAAAGCAUUAGGUUGCACUAUAAACAACG